AUGCCCUUCGACACACCUACACCCCCCUUCAGCGCUUCCGACCCUCACGCCCGUUUCCUAAACGCAUCAUGCCUGGAUCUACUAUUAAUCGAACUUGUACCUAUGGCGGAACGAAUAGUACAAGAACUCGAGCUCGGAGAAAAGGACUCCCCAGUCAAGCAAGGCGAGGCACUAGAUAUAAAAAAUAAGGAAAGAGAGAAAGAAAAAGAGAAGGACAGCAAGUCAUCUGUGGCCGUUAUGGAUGACGAAGAGUAUCGCGAGUCUAUAUAUUUUAGACUAGAGUCAUUGGGAUAUAGAGUCGGUCUGGGGUUGGGAGAAAGAUUCUCCAGGGAUAGACCCCGGUUUGCUGAUAAUCUCGAUGUGAUUAAAUUUUUAUGUAAAGAUCUUUGGACAAUUUUGUUCAGGAAACAGGUGGAUAACCUGAAGACAAAUCAUAGGGGAGUAUAUGUUUUAACCGAUAAUGCUUUCCGGCCAUUUAUCCGCAUGAGCAUGUCUGUUAGAAGUGAGGCAGUUAUGCGUGCACAGACAGUACGGGAUACCUCACUUAAAAGCCCCCGUUUUACCCUUUCGUUAAUUGAUGCAAGCUAACGUCGACUGAAGUAUCUUUGGUUCCCUUGCGGUAUAAUCCGCGGCACCCUUGCAAGCGUGGGGAUUGAGGCUACGGUCCAGGCUGAAAGCUCAGAUCUCCCGCUAGCUACCUUUCAGAUCAAGACUAUCAAUAGCACAGUUACUGCCAAUGCUGGUGGCUCUGGUACACCGGUAGUAACUUGACGGGUUUAUGCUAGUAAAUGCAUUUGCUUAUAUACCUACCAGGCAAGGCGUAUCUCUCGUGUAUUUGUUUCGUUAUCUUCUCUAUGCUGUACAGAUACCCCUACAAUAUACUAUUUUUCCUUGGUGUUCUCCUUUUGACCUGAAAAUUAGUCUCAUUCACCUCGAAUGGCAGAGAGUUAC